UCCAGGAACCACCGGAAGGGGCGCGCGAGGCAGUUGGCCGCGGCCUGGGUGGCGGCCGUUGGCAAACUGCGGCCUGCCCGGCGAGGUCAGGCGUCCAGCCAGGCCGCGGCCACAAUGACCAAGGACUCGCCCAGCCCCUUGGGCGGUGGCCGCGCGCCGCCCAAGAAGCCGGGUAGCCCCAGCCCGGCGGCGGCAGUGCUGGAAGACCAGAGGCGGGAGCUGGAGAAGCUGCGGGCCGAGUUGGAGGCGGAGCGGGCGCGCGGGCGGGCCGAACGGCGGCGCUCCGCGGCCCAGGCGCGCCAGCUGCGGGAGGCGGCCGAGAGGGAGCGGCAGCAGCUGGCUGACCAUCUGCGCUCCAAGUGGGAGGCACAGCGUGUCCGGGAGCUGCGGCAGCUGCAGGAGGAGAUGCAGCGGGAGCGCGAGGCCGAGAUCCGGCAGCUGCUGCGCUGGAAGGAGGCCGAGCUGCGGCAGCUGCAGCAGCUGCUAUACCGGGAACGCGACAGCGUGAUACGCCAGGCCCGGGAGCUGCAGCGCCAGCUGGCCGAGGAGCUGGUGAGCCGCGGCUACUGCGGCCGCGCGGGGGCGCCAGAGGUCUCUGCGGCGCAGUGCCGCUGUCGUCUGCAGGAAGUGCUGGCGCAGCUGCGCUGGGAGACCGACGGGGAGCAGGCAGCGCGCAUCCGUCAUCUACAGGCCGCGCUGGAGAUGGAGCGCCAGCUCUUCCUCAAGUACAUCUUGGCGCACUUCCGCUGGCACCCCUGUUUGCUCGGAACCCCAGACCCCCAGGCUGGGCAGCCUUCGGAAGAGCCCCUUCCCAAGACCACCAGCGGCGUUUGGAACACCCCAAAGCCCGCCUGUCGACUCGGAUCUCUAGACGUCCAAAGUGCCGGCGUCCACAUCCGCUCCCAUUCCCUCGACCUGGUGUGCCCGGCGGCCUCCAGUUCCCCCGGCGGCCUGCUCUCCACGCGUGUCCGCUCCCUCGAUUCCUUGACACCAGCCAGUUCCCGCUCGCUCAACAGCAUCCCGCGUCACCCCAAGGCGCCUGAGUCCGAGGAGCCGGCCUCCUCACCAGACGCCUCCACCCAAUCUUCCUGGAGCCCGCUACCCUCGCCAAUUUCCCCGCCGCCACCAGCACACGGGAAACCCAGCAACCUGCAGGAAGGAGAAGGCUCCGGGAGCCAGCCCUGCGAAACCCUGACCCCCUUGCCCCCGGAUUUGGAUUACCACGAGCUGAUGAAGCAGAACUCGGAGCUGGCCGAGGCUCUGCCGGUGGUGGCGCGCCGCUGCUCUGACCUGCGCGAGGAGAAUAUGCAGCUGUGGCAUGCCGGCUGCCCCACCCAGGCAGACGAGAAGGUGAAGCGGCUCAGAGUGAAGCACGCGGUGCUGGCGGGGCUCGCGCGGCGCCUGGAGGACCGGGCCCGGAAACUUCAGGAGACUAACAUGCAGGCGGUGAGCGUGCCUGUCCCGCGAGAGAGUCGAGCUAACCUGGAGUUGUGCCAGGCCUUUGCCCGCCUGCGCGCCCAGGAUCUGUCGGAACAGGCGAGCGCGCUGCUGGCCAAGGACAAACAGAUCGAAGAGCUGCGGCAGGAGUGCCACCUGCUGCAGGUAUGUGUCGCCUCGGGCCUCGGCAGCGACCCAUAUCCUGGGGGGGUCGCCCCCGGCGCCCAGUGGUUCAACGUUACCGACUUGGAUCGGCUGCAGCGGGAGUCCCAGUGGGAAGUGCUGCGCCUGCAGAGGCAGUUAACCCUGCAGCAGGGCAACAGUAGCGCCCGGGCCGAGGCGGGCCGCCUGAGCGCACCCUGCGAGGCGGCGCGGCGCCAGGUGCAGGCUCUAGAGAGCGAGCUGGGCGUGCGACAGCGCGCGUGCGAAGAGCUGGAAGCUCAGGCGGCGGCGGCGCGGCGGCGCGGUGAGGAGGCGGAGGCGCAGCUGCAGGCGGCGCUGCUCAAGGGCGCUUGGCUGGCGGAGGAGAACAAGCAGCUACAGGCCCGGGCCCACUGGGUACAGAAGGUGGAAGCUGAGAACGGCAACGUGCAAGGGCAGCUGGACCACGCGUGUCAGGAGCGCGACACCGCCAGCAUGCAGGCUGAGCAGCUGCUGCAACAGCCGCACGGGCAGGACAGGCAGCCGCAGCUGCAACACAUCUUGCAGAAGGCCCUAUGUGACCUCCAGGCUGCCCGGAAGGAGAUACAGCCUCUACAGUGUCAGCCUGGCCACCUUCCAAAACAGUCCUGGAAGGCCAGUCAAGGUCUGGAGUCCCAAGCCAGCUGUAGCAGAGGGCCCAAACUCCAGCCAGAACCUGAAGACCAAGCACUAUCACAGCCCAGCAAAGACAAACAAGAGAAAGAAGAAGCAUCCCUGGAAGUAAGCCCAGUUGCCCUUGAGGAGUCAGCCAUUGUCCCCCAAGUGCCAGACAGAGUUUCUGCCAACCCACCUCUGUCCAAGAAAAUCAGCUCCCAGUCAAACUCCUCCUCUGAAGUGGAGUCCAUGUGGGCCACCGUGCCAUUAUGCCCUCCUCUGGACAUGGACACAGCCAGCGAGGUGGAUGAUCUGGAAUCUGACAGUGUGUCCCUGGUCCUGGAAGUGGAAGACUCUGAGGCUCCUGCUGCCCCCAAGCUCAAGAUCUUCCUGGCUCAGUAUAACUACAACCCAUUUGAGGGGCCCAAUGAACACCCUGAGGGUGAGCUGCCCCUCACAGCUGGGGACUAUGUAUAUGUCUUUGGGGACAUGGACGAGGAUGGCUUUUAUGAGGGGGAGCUUGAGAAUGGCCAGCGAGGGCUGGUGCCCUCUAACUUGGUGGAGCAGAUUCCAGAUGGUGACAUUCUGAGCUGCCUACCUUCCAAUUCCCUUGACCUUGACCCUACUCGACUCCCAGCUGGGCAGGACAAAGCUUUGAAGGGGGGCAGCUUAUUGCCUGGGGAAGCCCAGGGAGUGGUUGGCAGAGAGUCAUGCCAGAUGGGAAAGGCAAGCUCCAAAACAGAAGUAGCAAUAGAGAUCUUGGAUGCUGAGACUGCAGGCUGCCAACUGGGCUUGCCACAGAGUGCAGGGGAACAGGACUUCUCCAGCCCCCUUCUGGAGGAUAAAAGAGUGCUUUGUGUGCUCCCCAUGCAACUACACCUGCAGAGUAUCACAGCCACAUCGGCCGAGAUCACCUGGGUCUAUGGCAGCAACAGCCAUCCCCAUGUGGUGUACCUUGAUGACCAAGAGCACGGCCUGGCCCCGGAGGGCGUGAGCUGCUACACCUUCCUCAGCCUACUCCCCGGCAAACGCUACCAGGCACGGGUAGGAGUGCGGCUGCCAUGGGACUUGCUGCAGGUGCACUGGGAAACCAUGUCCUCCACCAUCACCUUUGACACGCCCUUCGUGGGACCUCCUGACCCUCCUCUGGACGUGCUGGUGGAGAGACAUACCUCGCCAGGCCACCUGGUGGUCAGCUGGCUCCCUGUGACCAUCGACUCAGCUGGGUCCUCCAAUGGAGUCCGGGUCACUGGCUAUGCUGUGUAUGCUGAUGGGUUCAAAGUUUCAGAGGUUACUGAUGCCACUGCUGGGAGCACUCUGUUGAAAUGUUCCCAGCUGCAGGUACCCCUAAUGUGCCAGAGGGUCUCGGUGAGAACCAUGUCACUCAGUGGUGAGUCCCUUGAUUCAGUGCCAGCUCAGAUCCCUGACGAUGGCUUCAGCUGUCACCGAUUGUUGGAGACUCCUCCCUUUAGCUACACUUGUGGUGACCCAUCCACCUGCAGAGUCACCUUCCCCACCUCCCCUCAGAAGCUGGCAUUGGCUCCUCUGAGUGCCAAGGCCAGCCUCCACACCCUUGGGAGCUGUGGGGAGCCUCAGGCCAAGUUCCUAGAAGUGUUCCCUAAAGAACCUUCAAGGUGGCAGUCUCCAGUGUCUAACCUGGGCUCAGAAGAAGAAUGUCCAAGAUCAGGGGCUGGCAGCCAAGCCCAGGGGCUCACAGAGUCCCAGAAGGGUUGUAGACUCUUUCAGAAGCGUCCCCAGAAUGAUAGGCCACCUUCAUUCAGGGAGAAAGAAAACUGCUACUGGCACGUGGGUACCAGCAAAAGCCCUGCUCCAGGAUUCAUCUAUCUGUCCCCUGAGUGUGGGCCUAGGAAGGAACCAUAUCAGGAAAAGGUUGCCUUUGGGCAAAAUCAAGAUGCUCUAGUACCCACCUCUCCCUACCUGGGCACUAGCCAACGAUAUGUGCCUGACUUUCCUGACACUUUGAAGGAGAAGGAGGCAGUGUGCUUGGAUCUGUGGAGCACAGAGAGGCAAGAGCAGAGAAUGGAGCUCGGGCCCCAGGGCAGGCGAAGACAGGUUCUGGGGGGUAGGAGAGAGAGCCAUCUCCAUAAGACCAGCUCAGCACCAUAUCCAGCUCCGUCCAGCAAAGUCAUUGAGAUGUCCAGGAGUGGCCCCCCAAAGCUGGGGACAGGGACCAACACUCCAGUGAGGGUCUUUUUUGACCUCUUUGAUUGUAACCCCAUGGCAAUGUCUGAAAACCCCAAGGCUGGAGAGAAGCUGGCCUUUGAAAAAGGACAGUUGCUGAGAGUAUGGGGCCCUAGGGACCCUCAUGGCCUCUACCAUGGUGAGUGCAACAGGCAAGUGGGCAAUAUCACUGGGCAUCUGGCGGCUGAGGUAGAGGCAGGCACAGAACAGACUGAUGGGAGGUGGCGUCUGCCGGCCCAAGAAUGCCCACUCUCUGGGGCCCACCUUGAGGACUUUGAAGGGCUCACUGGCCCCCAGGGCCUCUCCCCCAUGCUCCAAGAGAAUUCCAGGAGAUCCACACUGUGGACUCCAAAGACCAUGAUGGCAGCUCUGGACUAUAAUCCCAAGGACUGGAGAGCAGGGAGCACUGCAAAGGGCAAGCUGGCACUUAGGACAGGAGAUGUGGUCACAGUCUAUGGGCCUGUGGAUGACAAGGGAUUCUAUUAUAGAAAGUCAGGAGGCCACAGGGACCUGGUCCCAGCCCACCUGCUGGAUCACAUGCCCUUCCAUGGAGAGUGA